AUGACAACUAAGUCACCAGUGAAAAGGCAACAGCAGGAUACGUUGUUCUCUUCAAGCCCUAGUGUGAGCGAAUCAAGAAAGCGUCAGUCUAAAAGAGAUGAAGCCAUCAGAAGGAAGCUGGAAAAUGACUUAUCGAAGAAGAAGGCUGGUAAAUCAUCAACAAAGAAGGGUCAAAAUUCAGGGAAGAAAAACAGGAACGCUUCGAGUCCAGGAACUGUUUUGUCUUUAUCUCCAUCAGAACCAGUAGUAUGUAAACCAUCAGCUACUGUCUACGAAGCUGCUCAAUUGAUGAGCGCUAAAAGAGAGAAUUGUAUUCUUGUGGUCGAUUAUGAUGACGAUACCAAUUUGGAAGAUGAUUCAUCUAUUUCGGGGGCAUUACUAGGUAUCUUUACUGCUAAAGAUCUUGCAUUUCGUGUAGUGGGAACAGGAUUAAAGGCAUCCAGUGUCACCAUUGACCAGAUUAUGACCCCGCAUCCACUAUGUGCUACCUCCGAUACUUUGGCCUCUGAUGCUUUAAACUUGAUGGUGGAGCGCGGAUUCAGACAUCUACCUGUCAUCGAUGAGGAUACUCACGCUAUUAUUAGUGUCUUGGACAUCACCAAAUGUUACCAAGAAGCAAUGGAAAAAUUGGAGAGAAUGUACGAGCAUUCCAAGAAGCUACAUGAUGCUUUUAACUCAAUAAGUAACGAAAUUGGUGGUCUUUCUGGUGGUUCACAGCCUUUUGAAGUCGUUAAGUACUUCGAACAUAUGAAGUCUGUAAUGAACGGACCAACUUUAGAAUCUGUUCUACACGAUGAAACAACGGUUCCAUCUUACGUCAAUGUAAAAACUAGUGUUCAUGAGGCUGCAUUGACCAUGAAAGAUAACCAUACCACAGCGGUAUUAGUGAAAAACGAAGUAAACGAGGUUUCUGGAAUUUUUACUUCAAAGGAUGUCGUUCUCAGAGUCAUCGCAGCCGGUUUGGAUCCCAAAACUGUCAGUGUUAUAAGAGUAAUGACGCCACAACCUGAUGUAGCUCCAAAGACUCUGUCUAUUCAACAAGCGUUACGUAAAAUGUUUGAAGGCCAUUAUCUAAACUUACCUGUUGUGGAUGAUGGUGAAAUUGUUGGAAUUGUUGAAGUCCUAAAACUUACCUAUGCGACGUUGUCCCAAAUAAACCUAAUUUCAGAUGCAGAAUCACAUAAUUCACAAUCUCAGAGAAGCAGUGUACCAACGACUCCAAGUAAAAAUGCUGCACCCGGACCCGCAUGGAAUAAAUUCUGGAACGGGUUUGAUUUGAUGAACGAUUCUUCGUCAGUCCACUCAGAAAGUGUUUUCAGCAAUGGUCCACCAGAAAUAUCUCAAACAGAGCUAAAUCAAUUCCAGCUUGACAAUGGAAUGCAUUUGAAUGAUUCAGUGUCUUUUGUAAACGGCGAGACUAGCUCUUUGAUGGGAAGUAGUCACAUUACUUCUCAAGAAGAUAUAAGAACUUGUUUACAUUCGUUCAAAUUCAAAACUUUAACAAAUAACAAGACCCACAGAGUAUCCCUAAGGCCAAUAGAGGGGGUUUCAAAACUAGUUGAACUGAUUGGUGAAAAACUAGGAGGUUCAGAUGAUGUGGAAAUUUUAUAUGUGGACGAUGAAAAUGAUCUUGUUAGCAUCACUCAUGAUCAAGAUUUGAUUGACUGUGUGCUUGUGCAUAAAAACAUGAAUCUAGAUAAGAUUGAUUUAUUGGUUCAUUAUAGAUAUGAGACUGUACCACAAGAUGCUGUGAAUAGAUUAAUCCAAAAUAGGUUCAAAAAAAAUGUGCCUUCUCAUCCCAAACCAUCUAACCAAUUAAUUCCUGGAAUUCCCAAUGAAACCCUUCUUCCAGCAGUAAUUGUUGCUCUCGGUGCGUCAAUUGCCGUGAUAUUUUCGUUAUCGAGAAAACACUAG